AUGUCAGAUGUUGAUAACUCCGGGUCCAACAGGAAUAUUUUUGAUACAUUUUUCAAACUGGUCGGAGGUGCUAACCAUGUGGUGACAGAAGAAAGUAAGAUAGAUUCAAAGCAAUGUUCGUUCAGUACUGCAAAUUCGGCGGGUACAUCUCCAGCCGUUGCCACCACAGCAGAAGGAGACGAACCAUCCGCUAGCACAGCCAUCCAGCAAACUCAGGUCUCCAGCGAACCCGGGACCCCUUCCAAGUCCUUCUACAGUUCUACUCAGCUCUCAGAAGCCCUCCGCACUCUCCCACCUGGUCAAUUUGAGGCUGCAAGGGACUGUUGCAUGCGCCUACGCUACCCUCCCACCCUUGCUGUUCUCAUGCAACGCGAAAAAGGCAAUCAAUUGUGCGAGUCCAUCAGUUCUGGACCACAGACCAAACCUCGCUCCGUUCGAUCCAUCCACUUCGAGAUUCUCCCUAGUCACUUUGAGGGCACAGUGGUGAAGCUCUUCGACGAGGACGGCGCCACUGCUGUGGGUGCAGAGGAUGUGGUAGAGGAGGAUCCUUUUAGGUCCGAGUCGAUCAAUCGAUCCGCUGCGACUGCUGAUGGUGAAGAUCGCAUUCCUUCCCCGGCCACAAGCACUAAGCGCGCUCGUCAUCAGCGUAAGACGAAAGUAGAGGAAGAUAGCGACUUUAAGACUACAUCAAAUACACGCACAGGUGGCAUUGCUUUUGGUACCAACGGGGAUGAUUCGGAUGGUCUCGAAAUUGUUUCAGUCCUUCCACCCGAUGAGCAGCUUUUGCCGCCCCCCACCAUUACCACCGUUGCCACGGGGAGUCAAAAGCGGAAGCCAUCAAAUCACAUUUCCUCCAUCUUAUCGCCGUCUGCGAUGGCAGCGGCGGCAGGGACCUCAUCAGCACAGUCGUCUUCGCUACCACCUUUACAACAGCGAGUUGAAUCAUCUCAAGCCAUCAAUCGAUCCAGUUUCGGGGUCUCGCCUGAGCUCAGCGUGUUUCAAUCCAAGCCUUCGAAUAGGUCACGCAAGCUUCUUUCGUUUCCAAAGACAGUUUCGUUUUCCUCCAAAUGCCUCGAAGGUUGUCUCUAUCUGGACAAGUUUUACCAACAGCUGGUUGGCUUUGGAAUGCUCCCGGAAGUGGCUUUGGAGAUGACCUCAAUGGCUGUGAGCAGUGAUUUCCUCGUUCCUACUCCGUGUCCGUUUGGAUGGCCACAUUUCGUCUGCCUAGAGUCGAAUCCAAGUAGUCUUCAGGCAGAACAGUUUCUACUGAUGGGAGACGCUCUCCGCCUAAUCCUCCUGGCUUACACCAAUCCGACUGUAGAAAAUCGCAACGCCGUAAAGUGUCUAACUAAUCUCUGUCAUCAAAAAAUCCGCUCCAUUCUCGUGGAGAAUAUUCGCGUGCGCACGCCGGAAGGCUUCCAAUGCGUGCCCUUGGAGUGGUCCUCCCUUCUCUCCUCCUACUCUCUUCGUCUGCCUAGUCUCCUAUGGCUGCCUGUCGUCACUCCUCCCUCUCGUGACGUUAUUUUGCGCAUUUUUAAUGCCGCCUCAAAAUCAAACCGCUCCAAAUCCACUGUGAUCCCCUCAUGGACAUCAAGCUGUCCUGUGGAGGACCUAGCACAUAUUGCGGUUGCCCUUUGUCCCAAAUUCACCGUCCCUGAUCCCCUCAACCCUCCGUCCUCCAUCAACUCUACUGUCGCUGUCGACGAACUUACCUCUGCUCAGGCUCUACGUGACUUCCUCUCCCUCUGCUCCACACCCACAAUCAAGUGGACGUCGGUCAGCUUGACUUCUACCUCUAUAUCUGAAUCGCCUCUGGAGACCCUCAUUCACAUGACGCCGCCACAACUGCGUGCUCUGUGUCAACUCUUCGACUGCAACCAUGCCUCUAGUUUCGCAGGUCUGGGGCUCAUCUGCCUCCUCUUCAAACGUCUUUUUAUGCACCUUUUUGUCAACGCUUCUUUUGCGGGGCGGGGAAGGCUUAUGGUGCUACGACAUACGCUCUGCUUGAUUGAGUGCCCCUUGGAGGACGCUUUUUACGACUGUGACUUGUUUACUCAUCUCGCGACCAUCCACGCCCGUGUCAGUGAUUGUCUGGGGAACCUACGUACCGCCUAUCCCCAACUAGUCUCCGCUGGAGCUUGUUUGACUGCCCAAUACCGGCUGAAUUAUUCUCCUCAAGCUGCUACAACGGCGGAUGUCGGCAGAUCGCGUCUUUUCACGACGGCACAAGAAGCGCGUGAUGUUAUUUUGCAGAUGUUUAAGGAGACCAUCUACCCUAAUCUCGUCGCGUUGUUUGAGUCAGUGGCAGCGGCCCAUGAGUUCCUUAAUUUUGUCCUUACGAGAGAUCUUUACAUGUUCAGGAGAUCGCAUGGAAUUGACGGCCGUGUUGAAGAGAAUAAUGCAUUCCGCCUGCUACGCUCAGGUAUUGCGAUGUUGAAUCGCCUGGAGAAUAAGAGUAUCUUUCAGAAGAUUAGCCAGUCAAAUGACGGUGUAGGCUUUGAGAAAAUCCUCGAACCGGCGGUGCUGUGCAAGACCAAGCUAGUAAUUCUACGCCCUCCAGGAUUGUUGUAUCUAGUGGAACAGAUGGCAGUCCAGUUAAAGACGUUUCGACAUAGCCUAAUGACCUCGCGGAUGCAUCUCUCCUCUUCUUGGUGGUCUGCAUUCACCACCAGCGCGGUGGAUGUGAGUGCCGACUCGAACGUAAAGCUCUUUGUGACAGAAAUGCAGACCAUCUUCGACACGAUUGAAAGCUGGACGCGGGGUCUACAUAAUGUAGAGCUUCGAAGCUUCCCCGUCAAGAUGUUAGAGGUGCUUGUAAAAGAGAUGGGGAAAGAAGUUCCAGGUUUGCGUGGACUGAAAGUUGCGCCCUCUGAAUUGGAGUUACUCGGGGUUCCAUAUGGAUCGAAGAACUCAGCGACGGCAGAAACGGUCCUAACUGCCGUGGCGGUCGCAUCACUUCCACCAUGUCCACAGAAUGUCCUGUUUGAUGAUGGACAAGCCGCGGUUGCGUCAGAAGCUUCUAUGAGCCUAGAUUUGUUAAAUAGAGCCUUUUCAGUUCCUGAUGAUGGGGAGGUGGUGGAUGAGGGCGAAAACCAAAAGUCGUCUCUUGAGGAGGGAGCGAACGAAAUAAAUGAAGCGGAGGAAGCCACUACGUCAGUUCAGAUAUCGACAGAAGUGGAGGAGAGAUCUGAGGAGACUGAAGUGACCCAGAGGACACCACCCAAAAGGGUGGUAAUCAAUGUGAGUGGGGAGGACGUCACGAUGUCAGUGAUGGAAGGAGAAUCUAAGGAAACGCAGGAGUUGAGAGGAGGGGUUUUCACUUCGAACUUCUUCAUGAUGGAUCGGCGCACCUUGGGCAAGUUGAAACGAAGUCAGAAAAUCCUGUCCCAUCAUCAUCAACAAAAACAGCAGUAUCAAGAGGAGGAAGAGAUAGAGCAAGUGACAACUUCUUUUUCCUGUGACGAAGACAAUCGAGUUGCUAAUACAUGUAGUAAUGACGCCUGCUAG